UCACACAUACACAUACACACACACGUACACAACACACUCUCACUCACAAUCCAGAUCACCUGCGGAUGGAUUUUAAAAACGCGAAUCAAGCGGAGGCAGACGGACAUGGAUCAGCUGUUUGAGGGACUUUUUUAACCUUUUAAUCUGAAUGGCAUUGACCAGUCGCGGUGGAACAUGUGGAUUAUUACCGUUUAAACCGCGAACGUGAAGAGGACACGGAGAUUUUCGCAGUUAACCGGGAUAAAUCAUUCAGCUGUGGUGGAAGUGGACUCCCUGCUGGUUCUGGAGGAUGGCGGGCUGGAAUCAGGGCGCCGCUCUCCCACUGGUUCUGAUGGUUCUUCUGGUUCUGCUUGACCUUCAGCGGGUCGCCGGACGAUCGCCCCACGAAACACAGAAGAACAUCACGCUGGCCGUCAUCAUGCCCCAGAACAACACAAACUACCCGUGGGCGUGGCCUCGCGUCGGGCCCGCCCUGGAGCGAGCCGUCAGAACCGUGAACGCCGACGCCUCGCUGCUCCCGGACCACGUCCUCAUCUACCACUUCAACAGCAGCGAGGACAAGGGCGGCGUCUGCUCCGAGUCGCUCGCCGCGCUCAUGGCUGUUGACCUGAAGCUAACGUACGACCCGUGGGCUUUCAUCGGGCCGGGCUGCUCCUACGCCUCGUCGCCCGUCGGCCUCUUCACCACCCACUGGGAUGUUCCCAUGGUUACAGCGGGCGCCUCGGCAGUCGCCUUUGACGGCGGCGUCUACCCGUCCAUCACCAACACGGGCCCAACGCACAAGAAGCUCGGGAAGUUCGCCCUGCGGAUCUGCGAGCACUUCGGGUGGCGGGAACACGUGAUGCUCAUUUUCAGCGACAAAAAGGACGACGACCGGCCGUGCUACUUUGCGGUCGAGGGUUUGCACGCGGAGCUGGAGAGCAUCAACAUCACGCUGGAGGAGCGAGUGUUCGCGGAGAACAAACCGGUCAACUACUCGCAGAUCAUCCUCAAUAUCCAGAACGAUGGCCGAGUGAUGUUUGUCUGCUGCCUGCCCGACAUCUUCCGGAAGUUGAUGGUGGAGUUUCGGCGUGCGGACCUUCCUCACGAGCAGUACGUCUUCUUCUUCAUCGACGUGUUCGCAGGCAGCCUGAAGCACGGAGAGCCGUGGUGGCGCGGAGACAAGGACGACGCCGUCGCCAGGGACGCCUUCCAGAACGUGAAGAUCCUGACGUACCGCGAGCCGCAGAACCCCGAGUACCGAGAGUUCGUGAAGAACCUGAAGAUAGACGCCAUGGAAAUGUUCAACUACACCAUCGAGGACUCACUGAUGAACAUAAUAGCGGGGGGGUUUUACGACGGUCUGAUGCUCUACACACACGCUCUGAACGAGACGAUGUCGCUGUCCGCCGGCCGGCCGGCAGGGAAGGUCGUCACCCAGAGGAUGUGGAACCGAACGUUUCACGGUGUCACGGGCCUCGUGCAUCUGGAUGAGAAUGGAGACAGAGAGACGGACUUCGCUCUGUGGGAUAUGAUCGACACCAACACCAGCGCCUUCCAGAUAGUUUUGGUGUACAACAGUUCAGAGGAGCAGCUGUCAGCCAACCCUGGAACCACUCUGCACUGGCUCGGAGGAGUUCGUCCUCGGGAUGUUCCCUUCUGCGGCUUCAAGAACGAAAACCCUGUCUGCGUCACAAAGACGGUCACCAUCCAUCAGAUGGCCUUCAUCGUGGUGUUCUUCAUGUUCACGAUGAUCCUCACCAUCACCUUCUUCAUCUACAGGAGGAUGAAGCUGGAGAAGGAGCUGGUGGCUCAGCUCUGGAGGAUCUCCUGGAACGACAUUCAGAUGGGGAACCUGGAGAAAGUGCUGCGGAGCGGCAGCAGGAUCACACUGUCACUGAGAGGCUCUAACUACGGCUCCCUGAUGACUGGGGAUGGAAACAUGCAGGUUUUUGCAAAAACUGGAUAUUUUAAGGGAAACAUCGUGGCCAUUAAAUACACCAACAGGAAGCGCUUCGAGCUGAACAGGGAGGUCCUGUUCGAGCUCAAACACAUGCGGGACGUUCAGAACGAACAUCUGACGAGGUUCAUCGGAGCGUGCAUCGACCCCCCCAACACCUGCAUCCUCUCAGAGUACUGCCCCAGAGGGAGUCUGCAGGACAUUUUGGAGAACGACAGCAUCACUCUGGACUGGAUGUUUAAAUAUUCUCUCAUCAAUGAUAUCGUUAAGGGCAUGGUGUUCCUCCACAACAGCGUGAUCCUGUCUCACGGGAAACUCAAGUCCUCUAACUGUGUGGUGGAUAACCGCUUCGUGCUGAAGAUCACAGAUUACGGUCUGUCCAGCUUCAGGUCUGAGAGCUCGGGGAAAGACGCUCACGCAUAUUACGCCCAGAGGCUGUGGAUGGCUCCGGAGCUGCUGCGUAUGGAGGCGCCUCCUCCUCAGGGAACUCAGAAAGGAGACGUCUUCAGCUUCGGCAUCGUCCUCCAGGAGGUGGCAAUGCGCCGCGGAGCCUUUUACCUGGAGGGAGACCCCCUCAGCCCCAAAGAGAUCGUUGACCGGGUGGUUCUGGGAGAGUGGCCCUGCCUCCGGCCCACCACUGACCCCCAGAGCCACAGCCCUGAGCUGGGCCAGCUGAUGCAGCGCUGCUGGGCGGAGGAGCCCACCGAGAGACCCGAGUUCAACCACGUCCGGCUGCUGCUGCGCAAACAGAACAAGGAGUCGAGGACUAACAUCCUGGAUAACCUCCUCUCCCGGAUGGAGCUGUACGCCAACAACCUGGAGGAGCUGGUGGAGGAGCGCACUCAGGCGUAUCACGAAGAGAAGAGGAAAGCAGAGACCCUGCUGUACCAGAUACUACCUCACUCGGUGGCGGAGCAGCUGAAACGGGGCGAGACGGUUCAGGCCGAGGCCUUCGACUCGGUCUCCAUUUACUUCAGCGACAUCGUGGGAUUCACCGCCAUCUCAGCUGAGAGCACGCCGCUGCAGGUGGUGACGCUGCUCAACGACCUCUACACCUGUUUCGACGCCAUCAUUGACAACUUUGAUGUUUACAAGGUGGAGACGAUUGGCGACGCCUACAUGGUGGUGUCGGGGUUGCCGGUGAGGAACGGGAACUUGCACGGGAGGGAAAUCGCCCGCAUGGCGCUCGCCCUGCUGCACGCCGUGCGAACAUUCAAGAUCUGCCACCGGCCCGAGCAGCAGCUGGAGCUGAGGAUAGGAGUUCACAGCGGGCCGGUGUGUGCGGGGGUGGUGGGUCUGAAGAUGCCGCGCUACUGUUUGUUCGGAGACACCGUCAACACGUCGUCACGCAUGGAGUCCAGCGGCGAAGCACUGAAGAUCCACGUGUCGGCGGCGACUCACGACAUCUUGCAGGAGUUUAACUGCUUCCAGCUGGAGAGGAGAAGAGAGAUCGACGUGAAGGGCAAAGGGAAGAUGACCACCUAUUGGCUCCUGGGCGAGAGCGACAGCCAAUGAAAAGACAGCUUCCAGGGGACAGAGAGGAGGGGACAGAGGGACUCCAACAAACUAGAGAGUAGGGCGCGCUGACAGAGGAGACCCUUCUGAGACCUGUGCAAAGACAUCAAUAAUAACUUGAUACCGUGUGCUGCAGGUCUCAUGUGUUGUUUGUACGAGUUAGGGUGGGUUUACAGUUGAUUUGAAGGUUGUACGUCUAAGGUUCGGAGCUCCACUGCUGACAGGCUGUGCUCGGCUCUUUAACAGAGGUUCAGGAAGUUAACCAGACGUAGAUUAGAAAAAACAAACCGUUACAGUGUGUUUGGAAUGGAGAAUGGGAAGGAGAGAAAGAAAAUGAAGGAGUGGAAAGACAGAAGAGAAAUGCCCAGUCCUCGUCCUCCUGUCAGAGGACAUUCAGAUGGAUUCAGACUGGAGGAAGAUGCUGCUGCACUCACGACGUACAUGUGUGAACAACGUAAAGGGAGGGAGAGUGCGAGGACAGAGGAAACACUUGUGAAACCUGUGCAGGAACAGAAUGUAAAGGAAGGAGCAGAGACAUGCAAAGAGACAACAAUACUAACUUCAUAUGGUGUGCUUCAGGUCUCAUGUGUUGUUUGUACCAGUUAAGGUGGCUUUACGGUUGAUUUGCAGGUUGUGAAGAAGGCAGGAAGAGACGUCCCCGGUCCUCGUCCUCCGGUCAGAAGACUUUUUCAUUUCUGAUGGAUUCAGACUUGAGGAAAAUGCUGCUGCACUCACGACGAACCUGCACAAACUAGAGAGGCGCGCUGACAGAGGAGACCCUUCUGAGACCUGCACAAACUAGAGAGGCGCGCUGACAGAGGAGACCCUUCUGUGACCUGCACAAACUAGAGAGGCGCGCUGACAGAGGAGACCCUUCUGAGACCUGCACAAACUAGAGAGGCGCGCUGACAGAGGAGACCCUUCUGAGACC